ACUGAAGAUUCCCUAAAGCACAAGGGCAGAAACAGGUCUGAUCGUGGCAGCCUGAUUAAUAUGCACAUUCUCCAAGCCUCCACGGCAGAAAGAUCCAUCCCAACUGCUCAGAUGAAGCUGAAAAGAGCCCGCCUCGCAGAUGACCUCAAUGAAAAGAUUGCUCUCCGCCCAGGGCCCUUGGAACUGGUGGAGAAGAACAUCCUGCCUAUGGAUUCCUCAGUAAAAGAGGCUAUAAAAGGUACGGAGGUGAGUUUCUCCAAAUCAGCAGACGCAUUUGCCUUUGAAGAGGACAGCAGCAGUGAUGGGCUUUCCCCAGACCAGACUCGGAGCGAUGACCCCCAGGGCUCUGUGGGAUCACCCCCAGAUAUCAAAGCCAGCGAGGCUCCAUUGGCUGGCCCUCUGGACUCAAUCCAGGAUCUCGCUCCUGGCUCAGAAAGUGACAAGAAUGAUUCAGCCUCUCAGGCAAGCAACCAGUCGGACUCCGGGAAGCAGGGGCUCGGCCCCCUCAGCACCCCUAUUCCUGUGCAUGCUGCUGUAAAGUCCAAGUCUUUGGGUGAUAGUAAGAACCGCCACAAAAAGCCCAAGGACCCCAAACCAAAGGUGAAGAAGCUUAAAUACCACCAGUACAUCCCCCCAGACCAGAAGGCAGAGAAGUCCCCCCCACCCAUGGACUCCGCCUAUGCCCGGCUGCUGCAGCAACAACAGCUCUUCCUGCAGCUGCAGAUCCUCAGCCAGCAGCAGCAGCAGCAGCAACAGCAGCGGUUCAACUACCCUGGGAUACACCAAACACACCUCAAAGAACCUAAUGAACAGAUGGUCAGAAAUCCGAAUUCCUCCUCAACACCGUUGAGUAAUACUCCUCUGUCCCCUGUCAAAAGCAGUCUGUCUGGACAAACUGGUGUCUCUUCUCUCAAACCAGGCCCCCUUCCAGCAAACCUGGAUGAUCUCAAGGUGUCCGAGUUACGACAACAGCUUCGAAUACGAGGCUUGCCGGUGUCGGGCACCAAGACGGCACUGGUGGACAGGCUUCGACCCUUCCAGGAUUGUGCUGGCAACCCUGUGCCCAACUUCGGGGACAUCACAACUGUCACCUUUCCUGUCACACCCAACGCCUUGCCCAGUUACCAGUCCUCCCCAUCGGGCUUCUAUCACUUCGGCAGCACCAGCUCCAGCCCACCCAUCUCCCCUGCUUCAUCGGACCUGUCGGCCGCAGGGUCCCUGCCAGACACCUUCACUGAUGCGUCACCUGGUUUCAGCCUGCAUGCGUCCCCGGUGCCAGCCUGCACCGACGAGAGCCUGUUGAGCAGCCUGAAUGGGGGUUCCGGCCCCUCGGAGCCCGAUGGGCUGGACUCGGAGAAGGACAAGAUGCUGGUAGAGAAGCAAAAGGUGAUCAACCAGCUCACCUGGAAGCUGCGGCAGGAGCAGCGGCAGGUGGAGGAGCUGAGGAUGCAGCUGCAGAAGCAGAAGAGCAGUUGCAGCGACCAAAAGCCACUGCCCUUCCUGGCCGCCACCAUCAAGCAGGAAGAUGUCUCUAGCUGUCCCUUUGCAGCCCAACAAGUGUCUGGGAAGGGACAAGGCCACAGCUCUGAUAGUCCCCCUCCGGCCUGUGAGGCUGCUCAGCUGCUGCCCCACUGUGUGGAGUCCUCAGGUCAAACCCAUGUACUCUCGUCCACGUUUCUCAGCCCCCAGUGCUCCCCUCAGCACUCGCCCCUGGGGACCCUGAAGAGCCCCCAGCACAUCAGCCUGCCCCCCUCACCCAACAACCCUUACUUCCUGCCCGCCUCCUCUGGGUCGCAGAGAGAGAGCCAUGGGGUCUCCUCACCUAGCAACAGCCAAGGGUGCGCACAGACCUCAGGGGCACACGAAAGCCAUCCUCCUAGCUUCUCCCCACCAUCUUCCAGCCUCCAUCAGCCUUUCUCUGGUACCCAAGCAGACAGCAGUCACAGUGCUGGGCUCAACCCUUGUCCCAAAAGCCCUGUUAUCCAUCCAAAGAUGACUGGCUUGCAAUCUUCUGACAAGGUGGGGCCGAAGUUUUCAAUUCCAUCCCCAACUUUUUCCAAGUCAAGUUCAGUGGUUUCUGAGAUAACCCAGCCCCCAUCCUACGAAGAUGCAGUAAAGCAGCAAAUGACUCGGAGUCAGCAGAUGGAUGAACUCCUGGAUGUCCUCAUUGAAAGCGGAGAAAUGCCUGCUGAUGCCAGGGAAGAUCAUUCUUGUCUUCAAAAAGUCCCGAAGAUACCCGGGUCCUCCUGCAGCCCUACCACCAUCCUCCCCAAGUCCUCAGCUCCCUUUGAACAGGCAUCUUCGGGAGGUCAGAUCUCCUUUGAUCACUAUGCCACCGACAGUGAUGAACACCUAGAAGUCUUACUGAAUUCUCACAGCCCCAUGGGAAAAGUGAGUGACGUCACCCUCCUCAAGAUCGGCAAUGAGGAGACUCCUUUUGAUGGAAUCAUGGAUGGCUUCCCAGGGAAGGCUGCCGAAGACCUCUUCAGUGCUCACGAGCUCUUGCCUGGGCCCCUCUCCCCGAUGCAUCCGCAGUUAUCACCCUCAUCAGUGGACAGCAGUGGCCUGCAGCUGAGUUUCACAGAAUCUCCCUGGGAAACAAUGGAAUGGCUGGAUCUUACUCCACCAAACUCCACGCCAGGCUUCAGCAACCUCACCACCAGUGGCCCCAGCAUAUUCAACAUCGAUUUCCUGGAUGUCACAGAUCUCAAUUUGAAUUCCCCCAUGGACCUCCACUUACAACAGUGGUAAACCCUUGAGGAACAAGGGCUAAGGGAGCUUGAUAGAGAUUCUAUGGGGAAAGCACACAACCAGAAACACUUGUGUGAUCCAAAAGAUGAAAGAGAAAAAAUGGGGA